UUAGCCCCAGCCCCAGUCCCGUACGCCCCACAAACCUGAGUCCACCGGGGCGGGGGUGGGCGGGGUGGGGGCGGGGGAGGCUGCGUCUAGCGUUAGCCGGGGCCCUGGGCCGGGGGCGCGCGCGCGUGCUCGAGGCGGAGGGGAGGGGCCGGAGGAACGGGUGUGAUCUGUGUGUGCGCGCCGGCGGGAGAGCGCGCCGAGGGGCGACGGGGAGGGGCCGUGUCGAGCAGCCCCGCAGGGACGUGGAGGUAACCGCCGGUUUGCAGGAACGGAAGCGGGGCGGCCAAUGUGAGCGGGAGGAAGACUCCCGGGGGUAUGGGCUGGGCACUAGGAUGCGGUGGCGGCGGCCUCUGGAGCCGGGCGGCGGCUUCUCCCUGCGGGGCUCGCUGCACCCCUUCUCUCCCCCGCCAGGAUUCCGCCUCUAAGCGAGAUCCGCGCACCUCGGCUCCGGCUCGGGCCGCUCCGGGCCGCCACAAUUGCCCAUCCCCGCCCCUUGUGCGCCCCGACGCGCCUGCGCGGGCCACUCGGGGGCGGGGCCGGAGCGCCGUCGCUGAUUGGCUAGCGGCGGGGGGUGGGCGGGGCGAGCGGGAGCGCGGUCCGGCCCGGAGGCGGCGGCGUCUUUCCCGCCAUGUCGUUCGCGGAGAGCGGGGCCCGCCCGGCCGCCCUGCGCCAGCGUGGAGCUACCCCGCCACGGCGGCGGCGGCCAGGCUUUCCCGCCUUCACUCAGGGACGCAGCUGGGGUGAGGAGGGUGAAGCGGACGGGGGAGAGGGGUGCGACAAGGUGGCCCGCGACUUGCGGGCGGAGUUCUCGGCGGAAUCGCGGAGGAGCUGGCGGCCGCCGCCCGCCGCCACCGACGACGCGGCGGGGUCUCGGCUGCUGCGGGACCAGCGCGACGGCCUCCCGGCGGCCGCGGGGGCUCCAGCCCGGGCGCGGGGGCUGCCGGCCCAGGGCCUCGCCAUCCUCUGCUCCCUCCUGCUCGCCGUCCUGCUCGCCGUCCUGCUCGCCGUCGCCUAUCUGGUCGUGAAAGAGUUACAUGCUGAGAAUUUGAAGAAUGAAGAUGAUGUAAACACUGGACUACUAGGAAACUGACUGGACAUUGUUUCCACAUGGGCUAUAGUAUGGCGAUUUUGAAUGGCAUUGUAGCCGCUCUGACCAUAGCAUGGUGUCUCAUGUGAAUCUGCACUGAAGCAAGUGGUAUUCAUGGCAAAUCUUGUACAUCAUGGUUUCAUAAUAACAGAGGAGCUCCAUCGCCUGUGAAUAAUCCCAGGAAAAUCUUACUUAUUGUGUGGUUCAGAUAGUAUAUCGUCGUCAUUUUGGACACCCUUUGAAAACAUUGUAGAGCUUAUCCAUUGAGAAUACUUUGAGUAUUAAGUUACAAAUGCUUUCUCAAAAGGAUGUUUCCUCAUCCUGUUCAUUCGACGGCAGCCCCCACCGAAUUGAAGGCCCUCGCUCAACUCAGGGCCGCUCUGGUGCUGGUGGUGUGCUCAUUCCCUUUCUCUGCUUCUCUCUGCUCAAAAAUGUCAACCUGGAGCAGUGAAGCCCUGGUGAUAACUAGACAAAGAAAAGUGUAAAAUGUUUACUUCAUCUUUUUUCUUUUGUAUGUGUGAUUUUUAUAAACUGUAGAAAGCAUUUUCAUGAAAGUCAAACUCAAAAACUUGAAAACAGGACACUGCUUUCUCUUGUGCAUACUCCAUUUCCAAUAAGAAAUACUGAUAAUACUUUGCUCCUACUCAGAACAUUGCUCAGCGCUUGUCUGUAGCAGUGCAGGGUAUUGAGCCUGGCACCUUAGAGUCUCAGGCAUGAGAAUCUGUUUGCAUAACCAUUAUACUACUAUCUCCUCUACUCUAAUAAUACCUUGGAGAUGUAGAAAUACUCCUUAUUUGUUCAUUAUAUUCAGAAAGUAAGCCCUGCCAGCUACUUCUACAUUUUAUAGAUACUUUCAAAUCAAAAUACCUAGUUUUCAAUAUUUGUAUAAUCAGUAGAAGGUGCAUUUCUAUUUUUUAAUGGGGUGUAAUUUCUAAUGUGUGUUUUUAUAUAUUUGCUAAUACGUACUGAAGUUGUAUGUUUUUAAAUUGUUACCUAUCAAAUAUAAUUGUUACUUUUUAAAUGGUGCAAAACUAGUUAACAUUUUGUCUUGUUUUUCUAAAUAAUACAUUGUCCUUAGUUUAAAGUUAAGCACUUAUUUCUUAACAAAAAAUGACAAAUUUAUAUUAUUUAAGCCGUUAAAUAUUGAGAAAAUUGAAAAUGUUGAUAUUUGUUUUCAUGAUUUCAAAUGUUUAUCUUGGUGUAUGUACCAUUACUUCAAUAGAAAAUGGUGUAAUUUUUGUUUUUAAUAAACUUAAUCCUGAAAAUUUUACACUGAAAA